AUGAGUCUCAGGUUCUCCGCCGCCCAUUCCUCCCGCAUCAAGAAAUCCGGCAAACCAACAUCCUUGAACCGCGGCUUCUCCUCGCCCUUCUCCUCCUUGCCUCGGAGCAAGCCCAUCCAGCGCGCGAACUCGAAGGCAAAACCCGACAACGACGACGACAACGACGACGAGGAUUUUUUCGGGGACAGGCUGGAUGAUGUAGGCCUCGUCAAAGCGCUGGCUACAGAUUUGACGCUCAGGGAUGUCGCGCAAGCACUGCUCUACGUGAGGGGCAAGAUGUGGACCUCGAUCCCGGAGCACAGGGCUGGCAUGAACUCGACGAAGAUUGCAGAGGUGCUCAAUUUUCGGAGAGGGUUACCACUGAUUGUCACGGUGGCGCAUAUUCAGGCUUUGCUCAACUCGCCGACGACGGUUGAGAGGGAGAUUGCGCAGCUGGUCAAGGGAGGGGUUCUGAGGAAGAUUGUGGUUGGGGGGAGAGGGAGCAUGGGAGAGGCGCUGAUAAUGGUUAGGGAUUUGGAGGAGAUGAUUGGGAAAAGUGGAUUAGAGGAGGGGGUCGGGCAAAGGUUUUUGGGACUGUUGAAGGAGGUUCCGACGGCGUUGAAGGUGUCGAGGAGCCAGAUUACUGAGGAGGAUGCGAAAGCACUGAUGAUGGCUGGUUACUUGACGUCUUCGACGGCGACCUGGACGUCCACCGAAGUGUUCUCUAGACCGGGAGCUGGAUCGAGAGGGACCAUGACGUCCCUGCAUAACAUCUCGAAGGCGGCAUCCGGAUCUUUAGCAGCAGUGGGUGGGGAAGGGGCAGUUCAUGCUGCUGGAGGGACUGGGGGAUGUUUCAAGGGUCCUGUCGCUGGAGAAUACACCUUGGCGCUCCCAGCUACAGGCCCUUUCCUCAAGCUCUUAGCCAAUGCUCGGGCUCAUCUUAUCUCCCUCCUCUCGAAAUCCAAGUUUAGAGAAGCCCCUGAAAGUAUUCUACGGCAGCGCUGGGACGGUGGGAUCGCUACAGAUGACGCGGUCAGUGCUGCCAAGUACAGCAGGGGAGAAUUCGCAGGCGUGCCGCCAGGGAAAACGAGGAAAUGGAAACAGUUUUACGGUAUGUCGUUCGACUGGAUCCUUGGGGAGUGCGUUGGAGCUGGGAUGGUGGAAGUGUUUGAUACAAGAAGCAUUGGCAGAGGCGUCCGUUGUCUGUGA